AUGGCUUCUAGACCAGAGGCAGAACUCUUCUGUUCAGUCUGUAAUGAAGUCUUUAAGGAUCCGGUUGUUCUGUCAUGUGGCCACAGCUUCUGUAAGGAGUGUCUGAAGAAAUGGUGGAGAGAGAAACCAGUACAAGAGUGUCCAUUUUGUAAAAGAAGAUCUUCAAAAUCUAAUCCACCUAUAAGUUUGAGCCUGAAGAACCUGUGUGAGAAAUUCUUACAACAAAAAGAGAGAUCUUCAGAGCAUCUCUGUAGUCUGAAUCCUGAGAACCUCAAACUUUUCCACCUGCCAGACUGUCUCGCCUGCAGAGAUUCAGAAAACCAAACACAGCGCAGAUUUGGCACCAUCAAUGAGGCUGCUCAGCAACAUAAGAAAAUUCUUCAGAAAACCCUGGAACCUUUGAAGAAUAAUCUGCAGCGCAUGAAAACAGACCAAGAAGAGUUUGAUAAGACAGCAGAACAAAUAAAGGUCCAGGCGCAACAAACAGAGAAUCAGAUUAAGGAGCAGUUUAAGAAGCUUCAUCAUUUUCUAGAAGAGGAAGAGAAGAACAGGUUGGCUGCACUGAGGGAGGAAGAGCAGCAGAAGAGUGAAAUGAUGAAGAAGAAGUUGGAGGAUCUGAGUAAAGAGAUAGCAGCUCUUUCUGACACAGUCAGAGCCACAGAGGAGGAGCUGAAGGCUGAAGACAUGUCAUUCCUGCACAACUACAAGGCUGCAAUGGAAAGAGUCCAGCGCCGCUGCCUGCCACAGGAUCCACAGCCGCCCUCAGGAGCUCUGAUAGACCGGGCCAAACAUCAGGGGAACCUGGCCUACAAGAUCUCAAGCAAAAUGAGAGACAAGUGGUCCAACACUCUUGUACUUGAUCCAAACACAGCGGGUUCAGAACUAAUCCUGUCUGAAGAUCUAACCAGUGUGACUUCAAGAGAGAAUCAGCUGCUUCCUGAUGAUCCAGAGAUGUUUAGAUCAAAGUUUUCUGUCCUGAGCUCUGAAGGCUUUAACUCUGGAAACCACAGCUGGGUCGUUGAUGUUAGAGAUAGUAAGGGUUGGAUGGUUGGUGUGUCAACAGAGUUUGCCCAGAAGAAGGAAAACAUAUAUUCCAAAUGGCUGGUGAUACAGUUCCAUGGAGGUAAAUACUCAGCAUGGUCUCCACCAGUUUAUCCCACAGCUCUUUCAGUACGGAGUAACCUCAAAUGGAUCAGAGUGAAUCUGGACUGGGACAAAGGAGAGCUGCAGUUUUUUGAUCUGUGCAGUAACACAAACAUACAUAUUUUCAGGCAAACCUUUUCUGAGAAGAUGUUUCCAUGCUUCACCACUCAAGACAACAUAAAGAUGUUACCUGCAGAUUUUAAUCCCACCUCAACAAGGCCUCGUUAUAUACCCCCUCCCAAAAAUCUGCCUCCUGCAGGUUUGAAGUGCGUUUACCGAAGUUAA